UAUUUUUAAUUCAGUGUACUAGUUUAAUUAAAGGCAUAUGUUGCUUAUACGGGUUUUUUAUAACAAAACAAACACUUAUUAUCAUUAUUAUUGUGGAACGCUGCCUUUUAAAUUGACACAUUAGGGGGAAGUGUUUCCGGGGUUAAUUUUAUAACUUUUACACAGAACACCGUAACACCGGGAGAUCUGACCGACCUGUCCCCGCUCUCUGCUCUCAUGUCCACCGCGGUGUUAGUAGCAGCUGUUGUUGGCGGCGGGGUCCUGCUGCUUAUGCGCCGUCUGUUCCCCCGCCAGCAGAAAGCCGUGAAGCUGCUCAGGUAUUCCGCCGACACUAUGCGGGGAAAGACGGUCAUCGUGACCGGGGCUAACUGCGGGAUAGGGAAGGCCCUGGCCGGGGAGCUGCUGAAGCUCCGUGCCCGGGUCAUCAUGGCCUGUCGGGACAAACAGGGAGCGGAGGAGGCAGCGAAGGACAUCAGGAAACAAGCGGGAUUGGAGCAGGGAGAGGUGGUCAUCAAACACCUGGAUCUCGCCUCUCUCACAUCAGUCCGUAGGUUUUGUGAGGAAAUUAAAGAGGAGGAAUCCAAGGUGGACGUUCUCAUCAACAAUGCCGGACUCUACCAGUGUCCCUACACAAAGACAGAGGAUGGUUUUGAGAUGCAGCUUGGUGUGAAUCACCUCGGCCACUUCCUCCUCACCCACCUCCUGCUGGACCUCCUAAAGUCUUCAGCCCCAAGCCGCAUCGUUGUGGUUUCCUCAAAGCUUUACAAGUACGGCCAAAUCAACUUUGAGGACCUGAACAGUGAGAACAACUACAAUAAAGCCUCCUGCUACAGUCAGAGCAAGUUGGCCAACCUGCUGUUCACACUGGAGCUGGCUCAUCAGCUGGAGGGCACGGGGGUCACAGUCAAUGCUCUCACCCCUGGCAUCGUGAGGACCAGACUGGGAAGACAUGUUCAAAUCCCUUUCCUGGCAAAGCCGCUUUUCUACCUCGCCUCGCUGAUCUUCUUCAAGAGUCCAUUGGAGGGAGCCCAGACCCCUCUCUAUCUGGCCUGCUCCCCUGAGGUGGAGGGAGUGUCGGGGAAGUGUUUCGCUAACUGUGCCGAGGAGGAGCUGAUGGCCAAAGCUACAGAAGAGCAGGCAGCCAAGAAACUGUGGGACAUAAGCAGGAGGAUGGUCGGGCUCGCUGACUGAGCAGAGUCCUGUACUGUGGACAAAACACGUAAUCUCAAACAGACGCUGCUAUGCAGGAGGUGUGCUAAGACUGAUUGCCACCUUGAGGAUUUCAUCAAUAAUUGAAUGACGUGUUGUGCCAAUGAAGUGUGCAGUGUAGUGGGUAAAACAGAGACUGGAUACAGUUUAUAAUGUGAUCGUUCAAACAAGGAUGCAUCGCUCUUAUUUCCUUCCCCUGUUUGAAUAUUCACCAUGCACAUAUUUACAUGUACAAAGUAAAUAGAAAAACCUGGUUAUCAAAAUCUGUGGACAUGUAGCUGUGGAAAUGUUUUUCACACCACAUUACCGAAUAAGCUUACUGCAGAAAGCAGUUAUCCUGUUACCUAGGUGCAUGUAGACUACAAGAACAUCCACAGGAAGUUGUGAUAUUAUGGCUGUCUGAAAAAUGCUAAGGGGGCACACAUGGCGCUCAACAGUAGAUAUGUAACAGUGCAAAGCAAACAUGGAAAAUAUCUCUAAUGUUAAAUAGUUCGCUGCAGGGGCAAAUAGGAUCAAUCUUGGUUAUGGAAAAUAAAAUCUUGAUUGCACACUAUUCUGUUCCUUAUCUUUCUGUGUGUGAGACCAAGCUGCACACACACGCGCGCACAUCAUGAUCAAACUCAUCUCCUCUUUGCAUCCAUCAGAGCCACGCUGAGUUGUCACAUUAUUGCCUGCGCUGUGCAAACUCUAAGAAUAGCUUAUCCAUCCGGUUCAGUUAUUGUAGUUGAAUGCUAAAUUUGUGCAUAGUUUAGCAUGUAUUUUGCCGUGUUAAAAAAAAGAAGAGGUGUUUGAAGUGUAAAUGCUUUCUGCUAUCCGGAGGAGAGUCAGGUUGACGUGCAGAUCAGCGGAGAGGCUCCCUCUUGUGGAAGCAUUCAAUCUCACCUCUGCAGGAGAGAGUGGAAGGAUAUAUUGCUAUACAUUCAGAUGUAUGAGAAUAAAUGAAAUGAAGAAAAAUAAAUACAAAUGUUAUUUAUUAAAACACUGUCCCAUACAGUAUGAUAACAGAACUGCUUGUUUUUUUAUUGUAAAUAAUUACAAAUCAACUUUAAUUAAAUACUAGAACCUUUCAUACAA